AUUUCAGAGGAAAUAUUCACAAAAACAAAUUGCGAAUUUAAAAAUUAAACCGAAAUAUGAAUUAAAACAAGAGCAAAAUAAGACGGAAAGUAACAAAUAAAUGAAGUCAAUUAAGCAACAUGACAAACAUUCGUGCAUUCUUUAGAAAUACUUUAAUCUUGGUUGCUUUGUUUAUUCCAUCUGUUUUUCUGUCUCCUAACUUUUGUAAAUUCAAUAUAAAAGUUAAGCAAACUUUAAAAAACGAAGGAUUUCAUAGAAACAUUACCUAUGGUAUAAUAUUUAAUACGGAGAAUGAUGAAAGAUGGUUGUACGAUGGAUGUCUGGUAGGACUGACGCAAAAACUACCGGCUGGUGUGUUCGCUAACCCUGAUGAAUUGAGUGACUUAAGAAGAAACAAAAAGUUAAAUGCCGCUCUAAAGAAUCCUGUUAAUGUGGAGUUACCAACUGAAGUGUCAACACCAAACAAUGUGUAUAUAACUGGAAAGGUUGUUGAUGGUAGAGUUAAUCUCUGGCUACCAGUACACGCUAGGUAUCACCAAGCUGUUGCUGGUGGAGGAUCAGCAAGGAAUGAGAUUGGGCCACCACGACUUUUCCUAGCUUGUCCAGACAAAAGGCUAGAUUUAUGCAAUUUGAAUGACACUCCGAUUGUAUUUCUAUGUAACGGCAGCUCAAGAGAGAAAUGCAAGUGGAAACAAUUGUCUUAUACAAUGUUGACGGACACGCUAAUUUGGGACGUACCAGUUGGGAAUACGGACCAUUAUUACGUAGUCGCUAUUGGGACAGCUUUUGUCAUUAUAAUCGGGUCAUUGUAUUUAUUAAAAGCUAUACAUGAUUGCAAAGUUAGCUUGAAAAAGAAGAGUUCCUGAUAAGCAGUAUUAUAAAAGUCAAACCAAAGAUUAAAAGGUUUCUUGUUUAUUUUUUUAAGGUUAGAAACACAUUCCUAGUUGUGUUUAAAUUUUUUUAUAUUUUAUUAUUAAAAAAAUAUAGCCUAUGUUAUUCAGUAAAAAUGUAGCUUUUCAAUGUUGAAAGAAUAUUAGAAAUCGCAUCAGUAGUUGUUGAGUUAUUUCAAUAAAUACAAAAAUUCAAUAUUUUUUUUAUAAUAAUAGUUUAAAGUAGCAGUCGACUUCAUCUGGCGGAAUAAAAAAUAGCAAGCAAUUUUUUUCUUCCAGACUAUAUUUUACAGUUGUGCUAAAUCGAGAUAAUGUUAAUGUUUCUGAAGUAAAUAUAUUUGUCAAAAUAAGUUUUUUUUUUUAAAUUGAUGAAACCAAUACAAUAGACUAGGUUUCCCCCAAUAAUGCUAAGUUUUAUAUCUCCCUGUUUUGGAGAUAAAAUCUUUAAUUUUAAUUAAAUAAAGAAGUUUACUGCUAUUAAAU